AUGGCAAGCCGAGCUCUCACCCCCUUCCAGUUCGCCGCCAUCCUCCUGGUGGCGCUCUUCGCCAAGUGCAAUGCUGGCAGCAUCGCUGUGUACUGGGGCCAGAACGACGGCGAGGUGUCACUGGCUAAGACAUGCGCGUCAGGUAACUACAAGUUCGUCGUCGUUGCUUUCCUCCCCAAGUUCGGCAAGGGCCAGAAGCCGGAGCUGAACCUCGCCGGCCACUGCGACCCUUCAUCUGGCGGCUGCAAAAGCCUGAGCAAGGACAUCCACUCGUGCCAGCGCCGCGGCGUCAAGGUCCUCCUCUCCCUUGGCGGUGCGGACGGCAGCUACGGCCUCUCGUCCCGCGGCGAUGCACGACAGGUUGCCAUGUACCUCUGGAACACCUUCCUGGGCGGCACGAGCUCGUCGUCUCGUCCCCUCGGGGACGCUGUGCUCGACGGCAUCGACUUCGACAUCGAGAAAGGCGGCUCCAAGUUCUGGGGUGACCUCGCCAGGGACCUCAAGAACUUGGACAAGGGCGUGCUGCUGAGCGCGGCGCCACAGUGCCCUUUCCCCGACCAAUGGGACGACGGCGCGAUCAGGACGGGGCUGUUCGACUUCGUGUGGGUGCAGUUCUACAACAACCCGGAGUGCCAGAUCAGCGCGGGCCGUGGAGCAUUCUUGGCCGCGUGGAAGAGAUGGGAGUCAUUGCCGAUAGGGAAGCUCUUCCUGGGGCUGCCGGCUUCCAAGGACGCGGCGGGCACCGGGUUCGUGCCCGCCGGCAAGCUCAAGUCGGUACUGCCGCUCAUCAAGGGCACGCCCAAGUACGGCGGCGUCAUGCUGUGGGCCAAGUUCUAUGACGACCGCAUUGGAUACAGCUCCGCCAUCAAGAGCCACGUCUGAUUCUCCCUGGUGUUUCUUCGCUUCAUUGGUACUCAUGUGUUAAGUGUUUGAGAUAACUCCGUAUUGGUAGCGACUAUGUCCCAAUAUGCAAGGAUCACGGUGUAGUUUCUUUGAAGCCAUGUCCCAAUCACAUCAAAUUUGGAACUCUACAUAUUACAUUGUAAACUACAUCGUUGAUAUUUCUAUAUAAAAUAAAAGUAUAAUUAUUGGUCAAUGAACUAUAGCUCGAGUUCAGCAUCGAUCCUAAAUUUGUUUUUUUUUUA